UUUUUUUAUUGUCGCUUACUUUGGUUGUAUCUUAUUACUUAUAUUGAAAACUAUAGUUAAUCAGGAAACUUUAGUUCUGUUAUUGCUUAUGUUAUAGUGUAGCCUACCUUGUGUGUAACUUACCAACUUUGUAAUACCGUACCUGAAUACUGUACCGACUGAAGCAAAAUACACAGUACGGUUACGGUACCCGUAACCUGGUACGAUAACUCUGUACUGCUGUAACUUCUGAAUUUCGAAGGAUUAGCCCAAAGGCAGAAAGGUCUGAAGGUUACCGUACUUCGUACCGGUACCGGUACCUGUAACAGCUGGAUAGUGUUGUGAUUUUCUGCUACAGUGCUCUGGGAUCUCGUUUUCCUUUGGGCGCUUUGAAGAGUUUGAAAGUACUCAACUAUUAAAAUGGAAGCUCCCUUCAAUGACAUCAAAGCAAUUUUCAAGAAACAGAAAUCGAUUCCCGCAAAUAAGACAUGCUUCGAUUGUGGAGCCAAGAAUCCUACAUGGGCCAGCAUAACAUAUGGAGUAUAUCUUUGUAUUGACUGUUCAGGAACUCACAGAUCUCUUGGCGUUCAUUUAACUUUUAUAAGAUCUAUAGAAUUGGAUCAGAAAUGGACAUGGGAACAAUUGCGAAGUAUGCAAGUUGGUGGAAACGCAAGUGCCAGAGCAUUUUUCCGUUCGCAUGGUUGUUCAAGUAAUGACAAACAUGCGAAAUAUAACAGUCGUGCGGCCGUUUUAUACAGAAGUAAACUGAAGGGUCUUACUGUAGAGGCAAUGAAAAAAUAUGGAAAUUCUAUGAUUCAUAUUCCAACACAAAGUUCUACUGCUGAACCAACGGUGUCAAGUUCACAAGCAGAAGAUGAUUUUUUUGCCAAAUAUAGUGGUGCUUCCCUCAGCAGUGCGGCUUUAAAUGUUCGGCAUUCGCCCCAACUUCCCAGAGUCAAUGAUGGUUUGAAACAUGUCUCUUCGUCGCCAGCUAUGAUAAGUCUUGCAAACUCUGAAAUAGAUGUUGAAUUCACGCCAAAAUCUGAAAAAGAAAAAGAUUUUUUUGGAAGUUUUGAUGCUAUGAAAGUAUCACCCAAAGUUGAAGAGAAGAAACCUCAAUUAUCUAAUGGUUCAAAGCAAGAUGUCAGUAUCUCAGGUCCGAGUGUCCAUGCAGCUUUGAGUCAUUGGAGUACGGGAGGUAGCGAAAUUCCUUCAGGUGCAUCUUUAAGUUCAUCACUCGCAAAUGAAAAGAAAAAAGCUUCACAAGAAAGUGCCAAAUCAAGAGAAGAGGAGUUUUUUAAAGCAUAUGGCGGUUCAAAGCAGCCCGUGGAUUCAAAAUCCAACACAAAAUUAUUAGACGCGGCACUAAAUGAUUUAGUUACGGAUAGGACUACUGAAAAAAUCUCUAAACUGGAUACCGUCGAUAAAACUGAUAAUGUUGAUGAUGAUUGGCCAGUUAUGGAUGACGAAACGCCUGUUUCAAAAAGUACGCCGUCUAUUAUUAAACAGAACACCACUUCGUCACAAUCACCCCAAUCCAGUCAAGGACCAAGCGUAGUAUUUUUAUCUUCACCGGCAUCAAACCAGUCGACAGGAAAAUCUUCAAUCAUUGUGACAAAGAAGAAAAAAGCUGGACUAGGUGCAAAAAGAGGAAGCAUUGGAGCUCAAAAAGUAAAAACUGAUUUUAAAAACUUAGAAGAUUCUGCUAAGGAAAGUGAGAGAUUGGCUGCUGCUCAACCCAAACCAAGACCACAACAAAAGCAAGAGCUUUCAAGUAUGUUGACAUAUCAGAACGGGGGUACAAAAUCCAAAACUGUAGUGCCAGAACAUAAGAAAGAAAUGUCAGAUAGAUUGGGAAUGGGAUUUUCUGGCAACAGAGGAAUCUCGCAUUCAGCAGAUAUGGAAACUAUUGAACAGGAGGGAGUUAAUGGAAGAAGGAACAGAAAUCGUGGAGAUGGACGACGUAAAAACAGAUAUCUUGAUGAUGAUUUUGAAAGUGAUGAUGACGAUGAUUUUGUAAUUGCAAUGUCACAGAGAGAAGACAGCUAUCGAAAUGGAAAUUCGUACAGAAAUGAAAGGCCAAACAGGAUGGAUCUCCGCAGUGAUGUUUCAUCUUCAAGAUUCGAUAACUCAAACUCGAUUUCUUCAGAACAAAUGUUCAGAAAUACUGAUGAUUCUUGGAAAGGACGUCAUGUGUCCAUAACAUCGUCUCAAAUUAAGUCUCGUAACCGUGCAUCACAAUUCGAAGGAAAGACUUCAAUCAGUAGCGAUGAGUUUUUUGGAAAAAAUGAGGAUCAGCCAAGUACAAAUAAGCCUGCUGGUUCAGCAAUGUCUCCUACAUCUCUGUUGAAUGCUGCGAAUACAGAUAUGACGCAAUUGAAGGAAGGGGUGCGAAACAUGGCAGGAAAGCUAUCAAAUCUAGCAAAUGAUAUGUACAAUGCUAUACCGACCCGAGGAAAAUAUGACAAAUCUUGAACUACAAGAAAGAAAUCCGUGCAAUAAUUUUUAUUGUCAAUGGACAUGAUUUUAUCAAGCUUCGUUGCACUGCUGUGUAUAGACAUAUUUUUAUUUUAUUUCUCAAUGUACAAAAAUAAAAGAAAGGAUUGCAUUGUUAGCUUUUUGGCAAACUUUGGUAGGCAUUCGUAUUAUUGUACUGUGUUCUAUUAACAAAAUAAAAAUGAAUGGUUUAAUUUUUCUGCAAAAUAUGACAUAUAUUUUGUCUUUGCUAAACUAAACCUUAAUAACAUUUCAAUUUCUCACUUGUAGGAGUACCGAUAAGUCAAACAGGUAGUGUGCGAUUAUUAAACCUCUUGACUAAAAUUUGAAAUUGAUUUUUGAAUACCAUGUGUGGAAUGUAAUAUGAAAACGAAUGUCCGUUAUUUUGUUUGAUUAAUUUUUUAUAAUUAUCAGUGAUGAUUAAAUACUUUGUUCUUAAAUUGCUGCCAUAUUAUUAUCAUAUUCUGACAAAUGCCAACAACACUGAUGCUCUAAUUAUUUCUAUUCUAAAUCAAAAAUAUUUGUAUACGACUAUGUGGGUCUCGAGCGACCAAUUUUUUGAUCCACCCACUGCGAAAUUAAGGACCAAGAUUAUUAUGCUAUACUAAUUAUAUAUGUAUACGUAUAUUUUUUCUUAGCAUUUAGAUUCAACUGUGCAUAUUUAAGUCGUUAGUGGUGAAAAUUGUAUGAACACAAUGGUUAUUAUGCAAUGCAUGGAUGUGUUGUAGUUUUAAUGAAGACAUUCCCACUUGAAUAAUCAUUCAAAACAACUCUAACCACAUGUAUUGCCUUUAGUAAUAGGUCACGGCCAUAACCCUGGAUAUAUUAAACUGGUAAAAUCUCAUUGGUUUGUAAGAUGAAUGGCAAUCACCAACCUAGUUUGGGCUUUCUAAUGCUUUUUGUCAAUUUAAAGACACAUCUUGAUUGGGUGCUAAAGGACUGCUAAUAUUUCGCAGACAAACAGUUACUGUAUCAAAAUAUCUCUUCUUCAGUUAUGCUAUUCCAUCUUAUCACAGAAGAAAAAUGUAAGAGUAGAUUUGGAACAGAAUCAAUGAGGCUCUGUGAAGAGCUUUCUUUUUUUCUCUUUACAGAAAGUGCUUCUGUUCCAAACAGAUUCAGUAUAUCAUGAUUUCUUUUCAUUUUCUUGUAAAUACAUCGCUUUUGAUGCCUUUUAGAAAUAAUUAUAGGUAAAGUAGUCCAUAAAUGUAAUGUCAUUGGUGUUUUUUCUUGCGGAGAAUAUAGAGGUGCAAUGUCACCAA